AUGAAGAGCCGAACUGGAGACGUUUGGCUAAAACCGCAGGCCAUCCAUCAGAUGAAUUGUCGGGCUGAAGCCAAGGGAAGUUUUCGGGAUCGGUUGCUACUGGUCCACUUCGUCAAGGGCACCACCACCAUCGUGACGUUUGCUCUAGUCGGCAUAGCUCAUGGUCAGGAGUAUAAACUAUCCAUAAUCCACGUCAAUGAUUUCCAUGCACGUUUCGAAGAAGUGAACAAUGCCAGUGUAACCUGUGAUCCGUCUAGUGAUGAGAUAUGCUUAGGGGGAUAUGCUCGGAUGGUGACAGUAGUAAAAGAUCUGCUCGCCAAACGAACGAACCCGCUGUACCUGAACGCCGGAGAUAAUUUUCAAGGCACUUUGUGGUACAACUUGUACGGAUGGAAUGUCACCGUUGAAUUUCUAAACAUGCUUCCAGCCGAUGCUAUGACUCUUGGAAAUCACGAGUUCGAUCAUAAACUUGAGGGUGUCUUACCAUUCAUGGAUAAAAUUUUGUCCCCGCUGUUAUUGGUUAAUGUGGAUAACAGCGAAGAACCUAGUUUCAGUAAAUACGAAAAAUCCAUGAUUAUCGAGAGAAACGGCAGAAAAAUAGGUAUUAUUGGUGUUAUUCUCCGUAAUAUGGAAGAAUAUACCGCAGCUGGUAGUACCGGCAACCUGGUUUUCGAAGACGAGGUGGAAACGGUCCGAUUGGAAGCGGAAAAUCUGACCAAUCAGGGAGUCAAUAUUAUUAUAGUUCUUUCGCAUUGUGGCAUCGAAACAGAUAUUGAGAUCGCAGCACAUGGAGGUCCAAACAUCGACAUUAUUGUUGGUGGUCAUUCGCAUACGUUUUUAUAUACCGGAGAGCAUCCACACAUUCCGGGCACAUCGAGAGGAACAUACCCAGUAGUUGUAGAUCAACCGGGCGGGAAUCAUAAAGUUUUGAUUGUGCAAGCAGCUGCGUACACCAAGCUUGUUGGAGAUAUUGUUCUUUCGUUUGAUGAACGUGGCAUUAUCCAAAGUUGGGAGGGAAAUCCUGUGUAUCUAAGUACAGAUGUUGUACCAGAUCCUGAGAUUCUUGAGGCCCUCAUUCCUUGGAAAGAGGCCAUCGAUGUUGUUGGUGGACAACGCGUCGGUUUCAGCUCCGUUGAUUUACUUAAGUCAUCUUGCGGAUACGGGGAGUGCAAUCUGGGCAGUUUGAUAGCUGAUUCGAUGGUGGAAGCUUUUAUGCCACUUGCAGAACCAGGGCACUGGACCUAUGCGUCCAUUGCUGUCAUUGCCAUCGGUGGAAUUCGCGUUAGCAUGCUUAAAGGAGUACUAAAUUUUGGAAUGCUGAUUGAGGUGAUCCCAUUUGAAAAUUUACUAACCGUAGUUGAGCUACGCGGCGAUCGUCUAUUAGGUGUACUGGAAUAUGCCGUAGAGAAAUCUCAGGACGACGAUUGGCUCAGCUUUUCCAAUAUGGUUCAGAUUUCCGGUCUGCAUGUGGAGUAUAAUGUUACCAAUCCUAUCGGUCAACAGGUUCUCUCCGUUGAGGUUCUUUGUUCGGAAUGUAUGGUUCCCAAAUAUGAACCUUUGAAAGCGUUGAAAUACUACCGGGUGGUAACUAACUCAUUUGUUGCUGGUGGAGGUGAUGGAUUCACCAUUUUUUCGGAGUUCGGUGUAAACAAAAGGAAUGGACCAAUUGAUAUUGAAGCGUUUGAGAAGUAUGUAACAGAACGGUCGCCUAUUAUGCAGGGGGUUGAUGGUAGAAUUAAGGUAUAUACGUAA